CGCCUACAUCCAAGAGCAGCUCCUGCUGCGCAAGGAUGUUCGAAUUCCCACCUUUGGUUCCUUCAGCAUGGCCUCUGAGCAGGUUGAGGCUGAGGAUGGAACCGUGACUGUGCAGUGGCCUGCGUUUCGCCUGGCCAGGAACCUUGCAGGCAACCAUAACCUGAUGGAGAGGGAGGAAUACCCAACAGGCCAUAAGGAGGUGAAGCCCCUCAAAUACGCAGAGGUGGCCGCGGCCGCAUCUGUGACCUGGCAGACUGGGAAGGCCUGCAUAUUUGACACUACAUCCCUCGUCUUCCACUGCCUGAGGAAGGGGGAGAACAUCGCCUUUGUCCUGAAGGACAUAGGAGUGCUCCUCAUCGAGGAAAUGAGAGUCCAGAUGAAGUUCUACUAUGAAUUCCUCGAGAGGAUCAACGGGAAAGAGAGCCUAGAAAAAGUUGUUCUCAAGGUGCCCUGGCUGCUGGACAUGGUGGUGUCCCGUGUGCCAGCUGUAGCCUCCCUGACGUCCUCCGGCCGAGUCGUCGUCUUUCCCUGGUUUAAACGGGAGUUUGCACCCAAACCACCGCCCGGGAAACCCCGCAGGGCCUCGAAAGUGCCAGUGCCACCUCUUGGCCAGGACAAGAAAGAGGAAUGUCCUGAAUUGCCACCCCUCCCCAGCUGGAUCCACGUCACCUUUCUGGUGGAAAAGCCACCUGAGGAGAAGAAAACAAAGAAAAGCAAUGUCCAGAAGAAGGCCAGUCAGCUGCCAGCGAUCCCAGAGGCGUCUUCUGCCAAAAAGAAGCCUCAGAAAAAGAAGGCGGCAAAAAGCUCUACCAAAAGCGAAGCAGUGACAGAGACGGGUCCAGCACAGGCAGCACAAGCUCCAAGUGACAAGGAAGAAUGUGUGAGCGUGGUGAGCGUGGUGAAAGCCACCACUGGAGGAGGAGUGCCUGUGCCGGAAAAGGCACAGACCAAGGCCAAGCCCAAAUCCCCCCAUGGAGCUCCAGCCGUGCAACAAACACCACUGGCAGCCCUGUGGUCCUGGAGCUCCGAGACCAGCCUGCUCGAGGAGCGCACCCACAACGCCUCCCCUGCGGUGCCACUGACACACAAGGGGACCAGACCCAGGCAGAGUCAGCCAUCAAAGAGCAGAGCGGGGCUCCCCGGGUGGAGGAUGUCCUGUCCAUGCUGAGCAGGGCGUGGGGUGGCAGGAGAAGCAGAGCUCCACCUGAGGCUGCCAGGCAGGCAUGCGAUUCCCAUCUGUGCCAUCCCUGGGACCAGAAACUCCCGCUUGGUAGGGGAGAACUGGGGAACAAUGCCAUCCUAUACCAUGGAAAACAGGAUGCAGGUGGGCACCUGCCUGCUCCCUCUUAUCUGGCAGCUCUCAGAGUUUCUGCUGAGAUCCCAAAGUCAGAAGCUGCCACUCCAAAGACAGCUGGCUCGACCACUUUGGAUUUGAGCUGUCACUCCAAGAGAGCUGACUCAGCCCUUUGGGAAUUACAAAUAAGUUUGUACAUCGCCGUGUCAUCAACGAACAACAACCCCUGAUGACUAUCGCUACUGAAGAUCAACAUCUGAACUAUGAACCAACCUCUCUCUUGCUUGCUACAAAGACUGCUUGCUUUCAUUUACCAUCUUUUCUAUCACCCGUCUUCCCCAUCUCCUGAAACAACUUGGGUUUGUAAUAAUAAACUGGACGGGCUAACAUCUAACCCGUUGUUAUUCA